GUGAGAGGUAUUUUCCUCCGCACACUGUUUCAGACUAGAAGGACAGACAGAGAGACACACAAAGCAAUAAACACACAGACGUUCAGUGUUGGAAGACAUGGGAGUUGAGGAGCAGAGGGCUGGGGAGUUUUACGUGGAGAGGGAUGUUUUGAACGAGCUUUGCUUGGACGAGUUGGCCAGAAGACGGACUCACUCCACCAGACCUCUCCUGAAGGAACGGGUGAAAGAUUCCCUCAGGUGUUCAGUGCCCAAGCUGAAGCGUUCUGUGCUGAGCUUUAUACCUAUCCUGUCAUGGCUGCCUCGUUACUCAGUGAGACAAGACGCACUGGGAGACCUCAUAUCUGGCAUAAGCAUUGGCAUCAUGCACCUGCCUAUGGGUUUGGCCUAUGCUCUGCUGGCCUCUGUGCCCCCAGUGUAUGGCCUCUACACUUCCUUCUACCCUGUACUCAUGUACUGCAUCUUUGGCACCUCCAGACACAUCUCCGUAGGCCCAUUUGCUGUGACCAGCAUCAUGAUAGGCACCACGACAGAGAGGCUGGCCCCAAACAGUAACUUCAUGACUCUAAAUGGAACCAAUGGGACUCAAGUUCUCGAUGUAGUAGCCCGUGAUGCCUUAAGAGUACAGAUAGCAGCCAGCACCACUUUUCUGAGUGGGAUCUUUCUGUUUCUGCUGGGCAUGAUUCGGUUUGGUUUUGCGGUGACGUUCCUGUCAGAUCCCAUGGUACGUGCUUACAUGACAGGAGCAGGUAUACAUGUGGUACUUUCCCAACUCCCAAGCCUCUUUGGGAUCCGCGUUGGACGCUUCUCCGGGCCUCUGUCUCAGGUCUAUCUCCUAAUAGAUAUCUGUAGACAUCUGCCAGAGACUAACAUUGCGGCCGUGGUGGUAACUCUAGUGGCCUUGGCGGUCCUCAUAGCGGUCAAAGAACUCAACAUUUACUUUGAGAAGAAAAUGCCUGUGCCCGUUCCAAUAGAACUCAUAACGAUCAUAGUAGCAACAGUUAUCUCUUACUACUGCAAACUGCACAGCCUAUACAAAGUGGCCGUCGUCGGACAGAUCCCCAAAGGAUUAAAGCCUCCCAGAUCACCUGACGUCAGUAUGUGGGGUUCGGUAGUUGGUGAUGCAUUCGUAGUAGGCAUAGUGGGAUAUGCCCUUAACAUCUCCUUGGGAAAAAUCUUCGGCCAAAAACACGGCUACGAUGUGGACAGCAACCAGGAGAUGGUGGCUGUUGGUCUCUGUAACAUAGUGGGAGGACUAUUUCAAUGCCACGCCAUUGCUGCUUCUCCGUCCCGUACCCUCCUCCAGGAUAGCACUGGGGGCAAGACACAGGUUGUGGGGCUGAUUUCUUCAGUACUUGUGCUGAUCUUCAUUCUGCAACUGGGGACACUGUUUGAGGAGCUACCCAAGGCUGUCCUGGCCUGUAUAGUGCUUGUGAACCUGAAAGGCCUUUUUAUGCAGUUUAAAGACAUUCCUGCACUCUGGAAGAGCAAUAAGGUCGACCUGCUGGUGUGGUUGGUAACUCUGGUGUGUACUAUCUUGCUGAACCUGGACAUCGGCCUUGGUGUAUCCAUCGGCUUCUCUAUGCUCACUGUCAUCUUCAAAACACAACUGCCGAGGUACUCUAUCCUGGGGCAUGUUCCUGGGACUGAGCUCUACCUGGAUACAGAAACAUAUGAGGAGGCUAAAGAGAUACCAGGUAUCACCAUCUUCCGUUCCUCCACCACAAUGUACUAUACCAACGCUCAGCUAUACCUGGACGCACUGCAGGAGAAGAGUGGAAUUGACAUUGGAAUGCUGCUGAUGAAAAAGAAGAAAAGAGACACUGAAGAAAAGAGAAAAGACGAGAAAGAAAAAAACAAAGCCAAAAAAGAGGCAAAAAAGAAUGGUGUGAAUGGACGCCUACCCAACAAUACAGUCCAUCCAGAUGACAAGAGGGAUGAAGAGAAAGGUUCCCCAGACCUGAAAUUGAACCAGACAGCCAUUGCCCUAGUUGACCGACCCAUCAACGGACAGGUGAACUGGGGUUUUGAGCAGCAAGGUAACGGGUUCGACCAGGACUCUAAAACUGAUAUUCGUGGCGAUGAUCACAUGACCCAGAUGUCCAGUACCGGAAGAAAUGGAGAGAUGGGGUGGAGCUCCGUCAACAACACACACACCAUCAUCCUGGACCUAUCCACAGCCAACUUUGCUGACACGGCCACUGUGAAGACGCUGAAAAACAUAUUCCUAAACUACAGAAAGAUUGACAUUGACAUUUAUUUAACUGGAUGCCAAGUCUGUGUGGUGGAGCAGUUAUCGAGUGCAGGCUUCUUCUCUGAGUCCAUCCCUAAAAGCUGUCUGUUCACUACGAUCCACGAUGCGGUGCUACACAGCCUCCGACUGCAUGGGGCCUCAGACGUACCCAUCAUCUACGAGUAUGCUCUGGACUUGACCUGCACUACCAAGAUGUAACCAACAGGGGUCACUUUGUUCCUCUUCCACUCCACCUCCCUUCCACUCCACCUUCAUCUGCCUGGCUUCCCAUUGGUUCCCCUCACCUCUUUCCUCUCUGUGAAAGAGAAUGCACCACCGUGUGUGUUUUGCCGGUUGGACCAAGGCAGUUCCCCCUUCAUGUUAUGUUAAAUAACUGAACACAAAAUACCUCCCGAAAAAAAACGAUAAAACUCCCCAAUAUAUUUGUCAGCCACCUAAGAUGUGUCGUCUAGUCAGCAGUUCACUUCACCUCCCCAUCCCCGUCCCUCCCUUUAAUCCAUUCUUCCUAGGGCCAGUGUGUCCCAGACAGUAGUUUGUCCUGUACCUCAGGGGCCUUCUCCCAUAUAUAUAUACACAUAAACACACACACAUACAUAUAUAUGUAUAUACACACAUAAAUAUAUAUAUGUAUAUAUACACACACACACACAUAAAUAUACAUACACACAGUACCAGUCAAAAGUUUGGACACACUCAUUCAAGGCUUAUUCUUAAUUUUUACUAUUUUCUACAUUGUGUCGAGCCAUCCCGGAUCCGGGAUCGUGAAUACAGCCUCAAGCUCAUUACCAUAACGCAACGUUAACUAUUCAUGAAAAUCGCAAAUGAAAUGAAAUAAAUAUGCUAGCUCUCAAGCGUAGCCUUUUGUUAACAACACUGUCAUCUCCGAUUUUCAAAAAUAUGCUUCUCAACCAUAGCAAAACAAGCAUUUGUGUAACAGCAUUUAGCGUUCAGCAGGCAACAUUUUCACAAAAACCGGAAAACCAUUCAAAUAAAAUAAUUUACCUUUGAAGAACUUCUGAUGUUUUCAAUGAGGAGACUCAGUGAUAUAGCAAAUGUUCAGUUUUUCCUGAAAGAUGAUUUGUUUAGGAGAAAUCACUCCAUUUUGUGCGUCAAGUUUAGCUAAGAAAAGAAAAUGUAUCCAGGAUUGUGUAAAUCUAUCAGCAAGCUCAUUAGCGUAACACAACGUUAACUAUUCAUGAAAAUCGCAAAUGAAAUUAAAUCAAUAUGCUAGCUCUCAAGCUUAGCCUUUUGUUAACAACACUGUCAUCUCAGAUUUUCAAAAAUAUGCUUCUCAACCAUAGCAAAACAUGCAUUUGUGUAACAGUAUUGAUAGCUAGCGUUAGCAUUUAGCGUUAGCAUUCAGCAGGCGACAUUUUCACAAAAAAACAGAAAACCAUUCAAAUAAAAUAAUUUACCUUUGAAGAACUUCGGAUGUUUUCAAUGAGGAGACUCUCAGUUAGAUAGCAAAUGUUCAGUUUUUCCUGAAAGAUUAUUUGUGCAGGAGAAAUCGAUCCGUUUUCUGCGUCAUGUUUGGCUACCAAAAAAAAAAGAACAUUUCUUCCACAUUAACUCCAUAAUAUCGACUGAAACAUGGUCCAAUUUGGAAGUCGCUCUGGAUAAGAGCGUCUGCUAAAUGACUUAAAUGUAAAUGUAAAUGUAAACGUUGUUUAGAAUCAAUCCUCAAGGUGUUUUUCACAUAUCUCUUCAUGAUAUAUCAUUCCUGGAAGUCUCCUCUCUGUCUCAAUCACAUGGAUGAAUGCGAGCAGCUUGGAGAUUACGCAACAAUUUCAAUAAAGGACACCGGGCGGACCCCUGGUAAAUGUAGUCUCUUAUGGCCAAUCUUCCAAUGAUAUGCCUACAAAUACGUCACAAUGCUGCAGACAACUUGGAGAAACGAUAGAAAGGGCAGGCUAAUUCGUGGCGCUUUCACAGCCAUAUAAGGAGACAAUGAAAAACAGAGCGUCAAAAAUCCUGCUCAUUUCCUGUUUGAAGUUUCAUCUUGGUUUCGCCUGUAGCAUCAGUUCGGGGGCACUCACAGAUAAUAUCUUUGCCGUUUUGGAAACGUCAGAGUGUUUUCUUUCCAAAGCUGCCAAUUAUAUGCAUAGUCGAGCAUCUUUUCGUGACAAAAUAUUGCGCUUAAAACGGACACGUUUUUUUUAUCCAAUAAUGACAUAGCGCCCCCAUAGGUUGAAGAGGUUAAGACAUAAAAACUAUUAAAUAACAUAUCAUGUAGUAACCAAAAAAACUGUUCAAAAUCAAAAUAUAUUUUACACUUGAAUUUCUUCAAAGUAGCCACCCUUUGCCUUCAUGGCACACUCUUGGCAUUCUCUCAACCAGCUUCAUGAGGUAGUCACCUAGAAUGCAUUUCAAUAAACAGUUGUGCCUUGUUAAAAGUUAAUUUGUGUAAUUUGUUUCAUUCUUCAUACAUUUGAGCCAAUCAGUUGUGUUUUAAAAAAUAAAUUAAAACCCAUGAAUGAGUAAGUGUCCAAACUUUAGACUGGUACUGUAUAUAUAUAAAUAUAACACCCUUGCCUUUCAUGAACAAACACUCACACUUGCCUUUUUUUCUCUUUUUGCACUGACUUUGCUGAUAGCUACUUUGAGGAAAAAUGUACUUACUCUCACUGAGAUGUGGUUGUCCCACCUAGCUAUCUUAAGAUGAAUGCACUAACGGUCAGUUGCUCUGUAUAACAUUGUCUGCUAAAUUACUAAAAUGUUCAUGUAAAUUCUAAUUGCUUUAACAACAUUGGCUCUAGCUAACUCCUCUGUCUCUCAUAAGCUAGGGUUAUACGGUUUCAAUGCCAAGGGGAAACAUACAAUGGGUAAUUUCAUAAGCCUCACUGCUGAUGAGGUAAUCAUAAUUAUGUUGAAAAUUAUGUAAAUCAUCCUAAAACAGAAUCAUGGUAGUUCAAUAUCCAAUGAAUGAGUAUGAAUAGCAGCUAUUCACUCUGUGUUUCUAACAUAUCAACUUUAGCAUUUUAGCUAAUUAGCAACUUUGCAACUGCAUGUCAGCUACUUUGCAACAACAUAGCAUCCUUCCCCUAAUCCAGCUAACGUUUGCCACAACAAAUUGGAAUUUGUAACAUAUCAUACAGUCCAGGUUGGCAUCACGUAGCCUUGAGCCACAUCUAUACAUUGUGUAUUUCAGGGUCAAAUUGAGUAUAGUUCUUCCCUAGUUUGAACACUGUUAUAGAGCUAAUCUCUUUGUAUCUUUCUGUAUUUUCCUAAAGAGGAUGUGAAUAAUUCAUGUUAAUGUGCAUUUUGAACAUUUUACUAAAUUGUUCAUUUCCUGAUAUAAAUUAAUCUACUUUGAAUACGAUUUGUAAUUUUCUAGCAUUGAUCGAACACACACUCCAAUAUCUUUAAAGUAAAAAUUAUUGUUUGAGUACAUGGCUAAAUAAACGUCAGUAAAAUGA